AUGAAAGAGCAGCGUCUUUACGCCGCAGAAUGCCUCCACAGUCUGAAGUGCGCACUGGAUCCUCCACAGCUCCCUCCUCUCAGCUCCGCGACCCCGCGCUCCAAACUUGCGCAUCAGAGGCUUCGGGACAGUUGUUCCCACAACAGGGAGCGCCCCGAAUUAUUAGCUUCUCUGAGGCCUCUGAAGCUGCACUGUCUGGACACAUCAGGAGGCCCAGGAUCACAGCUCAAGGAAACUCUUGUCCGUUUGCUGAGUCCUUUCCCUAUAUUCAAUUCAUUAAAAGAGGCUCAGAAACGAGCUGUUUCAAAUUGUGACGUGCACCAAUCCGUGACGUCAAAAGUGGGGAUUGACAGCGGGGAGAAACAGAACCAGCAAAUCAGCACCGUCUAUGCUGUGACACCACCAAAAACUGUUCCAGAACUACAGUUACCUUGA